AGCCACUCAGCCUAGGGAAGGCACGAGGGGCUGGGAGCGCACAACGCGCAGCGCUCAGGGGCCGGUGACCGCGACAAAGCAGCUCUUCUCCCUGGUCGGGCCCCGCGGGGCCGCAGGAGGGCGGGGCAGGGCAUCGGCGGGGUAAGCUCCCUGGCAUCGCUACCCAACUCCUGGUGACCGCACGGACACUUUGCAAAAGAUCCGGAGGCAGAAAAGCUGUGGCACUUUUGACAGAAGGGGAAGGGGGAUGGGGGGCAGGGGCAGCGCUGUGAGCAGGGGCGACGGGACCCAGCGGGACGCCGGCAGCCCGGUGGGGCUGGCAGCGAUGUGAGCUGGACGCCCGCCCCGGAGGAGUGUGGACCGAACGUCCCCGGAGAGCCGCCCGCCGUGCCAGGAAGUCAACUUCAAGCAGAUUGACCUGAAUUGGGAUCUCAUUUGGGAAGUAUAAGUAUCCAAUAAACUGUAUUAUUUUUUUAUUUUUAUUUUUUGGAAACACUCUCGUUCCUGUGGCUUCCGCCCUGUACCUACUUUCUGAACCGCGAUCCCACCUGGACUUCCGGUAGGAUGAGCAGUGCAAAGAGCUGGCUGGGACUCAGCCUGUCCUUGUGCUUCUGGGGGCUGCUGGACCUUCCCACCAGCGUUCUCUCGAGCACACCACCGCCACCGCCAGGCAAAUCAGAAGCACUCCUGUCGGACAAGCCACAGCCCCACUCCCGCACAAAGAGGAGCUGGGUUUGGAACCAGUUUUUUGUUCUGGAAGAGUACACUGGAAGCGACCCUUUGUAUGUCGGCAAGCUUCAUUCAGACAUGGACAGGGGGGAUGGAUCCAUCAAAUACAUCCUCUCGGGAGAAGGCGCAGGCGUUGUGUUCACCAUCGACGACACCACGGGGGACAUCCACGCCAUUCAGAGGCUCGACCGAGAGGAGAGGGCUCAGUACACGCUAAGGGCUCAAGCCCUGGACCGGCGGACAGGCAGGCCGAUGGAGCCGGAGUCAGAGUUCAUCAUCAAAAUCCAGGACAUCAACGACAAUGAGCCCAAGUUCCUGGAUGGGCCUUAUGUUGCCACUGUGCCAGAAAUGUCACCAGUGGGGACCUCUGUGAUCCAGGUGACAGCCACAGACGCUGAUGACCCGACCUACGGCAGCAGUGCCCGGGUAGUGUACAGCAUUCUCCAGGGCCAGCCAUACUUUUCUGUGGACUCCAAAACAGGUGUAAUUAGGACGGCACUCACGAACAUGGACCGAGAGGCCAAAGAAUACUACGAGGUGCUUAUCCAGGCCAAGGACAUGGGAGGGCAGCUUGGAGGAUUGUCUGGGACCACGACAGUCAACAUCACCCUCUCGGAUGUCAACGAUAACCCGCCCCGCUUUCCCCAGAAACAUUAUCAGAUGAGUGUGCUGGAAUCGGCUCCCAUCAGCUCCACCGUGGGGAGAGUGUUUGCCAAGGACUUGGACGAAGGAAUCAACGCAGAGAUGAAGUACACUAUCGUGGAUGGAGAUGGUGCAGAUGCCUUUGACAUUAACACAGAUCCCAAUUUCCAAGUCGGCACCAUAACUGUGAAGAAGCCCCUGAGUUUUGAAAGCAAGAAAAGCUACACCUUAAAAGUCGAGGGGGCCAAUCCUCACCUAGAGAUGCGGUUUCUGAACCUGGGCCCCUUUCAGGACACAACCACAGUGCAUAUCAGUGUGGAAGAUGUGGAUGAGCCCCCUGUGUUUGAACCUGGCUUUUACUCUGUGGAGGUACCUGAAGAUGUGGCCAUUGGAACAACCAUACAGCUCAUUUCUGCCAAGGACCCAGAUGUGACCAACAACUCAAUCAGAUAUUCCAUUGACAGAAGCAGUGACCCUGGAAGAUUCUUCUAUAUUGACAUUACAACAGGUGCCCUAAUGACCGCAAGACCCCUUGACCGGGAAGAGUUUUCUUGGCAUAAUAUCACUAUCCUUGCUAUGGAAAUGAACAAUCCCUCCCAGGUCGGAAGUGUUUCUGUCGCAGUGAAAGUCUUGGAUGUGAAUGACAAUGCUCCAGAGUUCCCCAGGUUCUAUGAGGCUUUUGUCUGUGAGAACGCCAAAUCGGGGCAGCUGAUCCAGACAGUGAGCGCAGUGGACCACGAUGACCCACGCAAUGGCCAGCACUUCCACUACAGCUUGGCUCCCGAGGCUGCUAACAAUCCCAACUUCACCGUAAGGGACAACCAAGAUAACACUGCCCGCAUCCUAACCCGGAGGUCUGGCUUCCGGCAGCAGGAGCAGAGCGUCUUCUACCUGCCCAUCCUGAUAUCGGACAACGGGCAGCCGGCGCUCAGCAGCACGGGCACGCUGACUAUCCAGGUGUGCAGCUGCGAUGACAAUGGCCAUGUCCUGUCUUGCAGCCCCGAGGCCUACAUGCUCCCAGUCACUCUGAGCCGGGGCGCCCUCAUCGCCAUCCUGGCCUGCAUCUUUGUCCUCUUAGUGCUGGUGCUGCUCAUCCUGUCCAUGCGGAGGCACCGGAAGCAGCCGUACAUCAUCGACGACGACGAGAACAUCCACGAGAACAUCGUCCGCUACGACGACGAGGGCGGCGGCGAGGAGGACACCGAGGCCUUCGACAUCGCCGCCAUGUGGAACCCGCGGGAGGCGCAGGUGGGCGGCGCCGCCAAGACGCGGCAGGACAUGCUGCCGGAAAUCGAGAGCCUGUCGCGCUACGUGCCUCAGACAUGCGCCGUGAGCAGCACCGUGCACAGCUACGUGCUGGCCAAGCUCUACGAGGCCGACAUGGACCUGUGGGCCCCGCCCUUCGACUCCCUGCAGACCUACAUGUUCGAGGGGGACGGCUCGGUGGCCGGGUCGCUGAGCUCGCUGCAGUCGGCCACCUCGGACUCGGAGCAGAGCUUUGACUUCCUGACAGACUGGGGGCCCCGCUUCCGGAAGUUGGCCGAGCUCUACGGGGCGUCGGAGGGGACGCCCUUGUGGUGACGGACGUGCGUCCUGACGUACGAGGCGCACGUGUCGUGGACCCAGCGCGCCAAGCACGCGAGCAAUACUGUGCUGGAGAGGGAGCGGGAUGAGCAGGAGAACAGGGUUCUCCCUGGAUCAGCUUUACUACUUGGCUAGAGGAAAGAAACACAAGAAGGGGGCAGAAUCUCCAAUUAUCCUUUUCCCUUAUCACCUCUGGGACCCUGUCGUCAAGGCACGGGGGCCUCGGUUGAGCACGGCAGGCUUGGCUUGGUCCUUCGCCGAGCCUCUGUCUCUUCUCCACCGCGAAGAGGCUCCGAUCUUAGAGUGGCGGUGGAGAGCAGACCGUCCUCCUCGCACAUUCUUUUUUUAUUCGAUUUGAUUCUCCAAUUAAGAGUUCUGUUGGCUCAUCAAACCGCACAAACCAACCCACACACAAGAGAACACUGCAAAGAAUGUUACUCGGUGGAAUUCACCUACUUGUCCUGCGAUGGAUGGAAUUUCUUUUAACCCUUUUGAGACAAAGGGGAAGGCAAAUGGGCCUUGCAUGGGGGUGGGCGGGGUGGGGGAAGGAAGAGGCAUUGACUUGGCGCUCCAGUUUAAUGGCUGAACCAGGACUUGUUGGCAUAACAACUAAUCGAACUCCAGUUAGAGUGCUCUUGUUCUCGCAGCACUUUCACUGUGCCCCUGCAAAAUUGUCCAAAACGAAACCAGAAAAUCUGCCUCGUUUGCACUGUAGAUGUCUCUUCCAUGUGCCAAAUGUGAAGAUUAGAUGCUACAAAUGAAAGCCAAAUAAAAAGAAGUAUCUGAUAAAAGCAUGGGUUAGAGGGCUUUCCUAAUCUGUGUGAAGUCAAUCCAAGGGAUGUUUACAUACUGUAGAUAACCUACUUGAACAAAAAUCGGUAUUAUAGAGAAUAAAUGGAUGUAAGAAAAUUACAUGUAUAAGUUUUGUAUAUUUGUUAAUAAUUUUGGUAAUAAAUAUGAUGUACUGCAUCUCAGUACCUUAGCGCUUCUUUUAAUAAAAGUUAAAUAGAAGGGAAA